AUGGCGGAGCCAUGCCCGGUGCUCCCGGACCAUGUCAUCGAGGACGUCUUGGCACGGUUACCGGCCAAGUCGGUGCUCAGGUGCCGCUGCCUCUCUCGCACCUGGGUGGCCAUGCUCUCCUCGGACGACUUCGCAGAUCGCCACCUCCGCCUCGCCAACCGUCACGGCGGCCCCAGGAUUCUCAAUCCUGCAGGGCUCGCGAUGGCGGCCCUUCCAGAGGGCCGGGCCACCGGCUGCCGCCGCCAUGCCGCCGAGGCUCACCAUAAGUACACGAGCUUAGGGAUCGGCUAUGACAUGCUCAUCAAGAAACACAAAGUUGUAUGCAUCUACUACCGAGGAUCCGAUGCUGAGAAGCUACCAUGA